CAAAUGAUAAUGAAGAGGCCACCAGCAUAAAUCAAUAUCCAUUGCCACAAUAUUGGCACAAAGAGCAGAGCAGAAAGAUUUUUUACUCUGUGGGUAUAGUUCGAGAUCUAAACGCCACAAAAUUAGAACUUUAUGUCGACUUCCGGGACCAGACCGUAGCCUUUCCGCACAAACCGCCAGGAAUGUCUACUGACAAGUUGCUGUCUUUGCAACAACUUGCUGUUCGAUGGAAGCGCGCACGGUACCGCAAGAUGUCACACGUAACCGACACACCGACAGAUGCUGAUCACGACACCACACAAACUCAAACUGACGGCAGCGAUUUGCUAUCGAGUCUACUUCAUGUCGUAGACGGACUGAGACGAGAGCUAGAACAAGCGAGGGUCGACGUGGUGCAAGUGGAAGAGGCCCAACACAACCUGCUAGUCUCAGUCAACGAUGACGAAGUACGGCAACUGCAACAACGAUUUACCAAAGUUCUCGAAGGAUUGAAACAAAUCCGAUUUCGUUUAUCCAUCUUUGAGGAGUGUGUUUUCAAUCCUAGAAGUAAGUGUCUACUACCAGAAGAGAAAGGGCGUCUACAACCAGAUGAGAAAGGGUGUCUAGUGGUGAGACUUGUCAGAUCUCACAAGUUGACGUUGAGUCUCAGCUUGUAUGCCUGUACACAACAACUGGUGGACACUUGGAACGGGUUUGUUAAGCAUUGGAACGCACGUCCAAGCCGUUCUAAGUCGAUCGACGUCGUUCCCAGAGAAUUUUUUGACAAGUCGCAUUCUUGUGUGAGACGCUCUGGCACGAGAUCAGUCAGCUUGAAGAAAAUUGCUGGCAAGAGAGUAGCAGAUAAAGAGUAUGAGGCUAGAGAACAACAGCUAGAGAUGGAUCGGUUUGCUGUGAUGAUCUCAGACCUUGUAUUCGGUCAAGACUGUUUGCUUAACACUAUCGAACACAAUCUCAACAGAUGAUAAGCCUCAUUCUUGUUUCCUUUUUCUCUAUAUUUCAAAUCUUUGCAAGUAAAUGCUGUUGUAAAAAAUUAAAGGACGUUGGUGUCAUGUCUGGCUAGAGUAAAUUGGCCUGUAGGAACGACGAAUCAAACUGUUCCCAAUUUUCUGUUAUAGUGAAUAAUUGUGUUUGACAAUAUUAUGUGGAUAAUAGCUAUGUUGGAUACAAUGAUUGGUAUGCCAAGUACAUCCGAUGAUGUUAUCUGACGAAAUCUUGGCAGGGAUGUUUCUGUCUCGAUGCUCUAAAAUAGGAGUCCAAGGUACUUGUUUGGGAUA